AUGCCAUCAAUACGAUGGCUGCUGCUGUUGUUGGCGUCGUGUCCAUUGGAUGCGUUGGCUGACAUUAUUCGUGGCAAUGAUGCAGUACAGCCAAACAGUCCAGAUAGACAACUGCGGCAAGAUCGAGCAUAUCGAUACUACAACGAUGAUCUGAACUGUGUAGUGGGAGAGACAAAGGCAGCGGAGGAUCUGAAGUUCUUUCCGUUUGAGUUCUGGUAUGCCGUUGAGGCCGACACUCCAGAUAUGAACUUCCUGCGACAACUCGAAACCAAGAUGUUCCACGCAGUCUCAUCGCACGUUUUCUGGUGUUUUGGGAGACAAUCGACGGACCUUGGUGGAAGAAAGCUGACAGAACACGAAAUCAGUCAAAGAGAGCUCGAAAUUCGGUUUCUUCGAAAACUUGGAGUUGUUUCUGUCUCUUCAGGCGGCUUUGAUGCUGCCUCGGAGGCCCCGUGUAUGUUCAAAUCGAGAUACAAGUUUUGCACUGUCGUGAAGGGUCACAUGACAAUCAUGGCACAUGAUAAUGACGAUGUGGGUUAUGUGAUUGCGUCGAUCCAAGAUGCCUUGGAAAGAGCAAUGAAAACAAACGUAGUCCUGGAUUCCCAAAGCAUGCCAACACUGCGCAACGUCAAAUAUCUUGGGGAUACCUAUGACCAAGCGUUUGCGGGAGCUGGAACAGGAGAUGCCAAUGAAAACGAUCGGUUCUUUGUGGAGAGCAUCUUUCCCACUACAAGUCCAUCCGUUGCUCCGACCCUUAGCCCAUCAACCUCUUCCAUGCCAAGCUCAGCGCCUAGCGGUUCGCCAUCAGAAUUUCCCAGCCAAGCACCGUCAAUUCUGUCUCUCAGUGGUAGCGUACUUGCAACGUUCAACCCAAGUUCGUUGCCAACCACCUCACCAAGUGGCUUGCCCAGUUCGUUGCCAACCACCUCACCAAGUGACUUGCCCAGUGCUGCCCCUACUCCUGCGCCAAGUACAAGUGGCAUGCCAAGUGCACACCCAACUUACAUUCAUCCAGAUGGUUUUGCAGUAGUUGGCGCACAUGUACCCAGUUCGCAGCCAAGUGCACAACCAAGUGAUGCCCCAAGUACAAGUCCGUCUGCUAGUCAAUCACCAAGCGCAUUGCCCAGUGAUGUACCAAGUUCUAUGCCUAGUAGCAUGCCCAGUAGAUCGCCAAGUGAUAUGCCUAGUUUGUCACCCAGUGCAACUCCAAGUAUCAUACCCAGCAAUACACCAAGCAAGAUUCCCAGCUCUCUACCAAGUCUUGCUCCUAGCACAAGUAGUAUGCCAACUUCACACCCAACUUACAUGGAUGCCAAUGGAUUUGCUGUGAUUGGUGCUCAUGUCCCCAGCUCACAGCCAUCCACUCAGCCAAGCGAUGUUCCAAGCUUGCCGCCGUCAGCCAGUCAAUUGCCAAGCUCACUGCCAAGUGAUGUACCUAGUGAUGCACCCAGUGAUAUGCCAAGCUACAUGCCAAGUGAGACUCCCAGUUCUGAACCAAGUUUGGCCCCCAGCACAAGUAGUAUGCCAACUUCAUUUCCAACUUACAUGGAUGUCAAUGGAUUUGCUGUGAUUGGGGCCCAAGUCCCAAGCUCGCAGCCAUCUAGCCAGCCUAGUGGUGCCCCAAGCCUGCAACCAUCUGCAAGCCAAUCACCAAGCUCAAUGCCAAGUGAUUCGCCCAGCGCUGUCCCAACCACAAGCAUCAUGCCAAGUUCUCAUCCCACAUACAUUGAUGCCUUUGGCAAUGCUGUGAUUGGUGCUCAUGUCCCCAGUUCACAACCAAGUGACACACCAAGUGAUGUACCAAGCUUGCAGCCCACAGCUAGUCAGUCUCCCAGCUCGACACCAAGUAUAGGUCCAACAGCUGCGCCAACUGUAAGCAGCAUGCCAAGUUCACACCCAACUUACAUUCAUGCAUUUGGUUUUGCAGUAAUUGGUGCACAUGUACCCAGUUCACAGCCAACUGCACAACCAAGUGAGGUUCCAACCAUGCACCCAACAACAAGUUCAAUGCCCAGUUCAGAACCCAGUGCCAUGCCAAGUGGAUUACCAAGUGGAAGACCGAGCUUCUCCCCAAGUCAAGCUCCAAGUGAGGUCCCAAGUGACAUGCCAAGUGACAUUCCUAGUAAUGUGCCAAGCGACAUGCCAAGCAAUGUCCCAUCUCCUGCACCAAGCACAAGUAGCAUGCCGACUUCACACCCAACUUACAUUGAUGCCAAUGGUUUUGCUGUGAUUGGUGCUCUAGUGCCCAGUUCACAACCAAGUGACAUGCCAAGUGAUGUCCCAAGCUUGCCACCAUCAGCCAGCCAAUUGCCAAGCUCAGUGCCAAGUGAUAUGCCUAGUGAAGUACCCAGUGAUAUGCCAAGUGAUGUGCCAAGUGAGAUUCCCAGCUCUCAACCAAGCCUUGCCCCUAGCACAAGUAGUAUGCCUACAACAUUCCCAACUUACAUGGAUGCCAAUGGCUUUGCUGUAAUUGGUGCACAUGUACCUAGCUCACAGCCAAGUAGCAUCCCAAGUGAUGUCCCAAGCCUGCAGCCAUCUGACAGUCAAUCACCAAGCUCUUUUCCAAGUACUGGUCCAACCUCUGCCCCAACUUCAAUCACCAAGCUCAUUGCCCAGUUCACCACCAACACCUGCACCAAGCACAAGUAG